AUUCUCUUAUAUUGAUAAUCAACAAGUUAAAGUAUACAAAUGGGUAAAUUGGAAACUUACGCGAUGUGAAGUUUAUAAUAUAUACAAUAUCUCUUGGGUUGCAAAGGUAUCAAUUGCUCUUGAUAUUUGUUGGGAAUCACUUCUUGCAUUUUUGCUUUGUGUUUCAUUACAACUUUCGUUGUGA